AAAGAAAUUACAUAGACUUAAUGUAAAUUACAGGGCUCAUCGCCAUGACUAAUAUCGUCUGUUAGACAGUUAGACACAGGGAUGUUAGUUGGUUGAAAAGUAUUUAAUGAUCACAUUCCAUGGCCAAGAAUGAAAGCCUUAAGGUCGUAAACAUCUAGACAAUCGAAAAUAUUUUGCGCUCAUUUUUUUAAUUAACCAAGGUAAUUUUAGUUUUUAAUUCUACCAGAAGUAUUGGCAUUUUACCAUUAAGACAUCAUUUUUAAAAUUAAAUUCUAAUUAAUGUACAUGCAGAGUAUGCAUUAAAGCUUAAACGAUUACUGGGGACAGGAUUGUAGCACCCCCCCAGCUACAUUGCGACUUCAGGAUUUCAGUCACCAUUUGGCAAGGACAACGAUGACAAAGAAGGAGCAGCCAAUUAAAAAGUAGAAGCAAAGUGGCAACCGUAUGUUUUUACCUACGUCGGCUUACUCGCAGUACAGCAUAGGGAAAGACUCCUUAACGAUGAAGGACACCAUUGAACGAAUGCUGUUUGCCUUGGGUGAUGCUCGCAGACCCCUGCAUGAAACUGCAGCUUUGGUGGAAGACAUUGUACACACUCAGCUCGUCAAUUUGCUACAGCAAGCGGCAGAGGUGUCACUCGUGAGAGGAGCGAGGGUCAUUUCCGCUGAGGAUAUUCUGUUUCUGAUGCGCAAAGACAAGAAAAAAGUGAGACGUCUACUGAAGUACAUGCAGUUCAGAGACUAUAAGUCGAAAAUACUCAAGAGCGUCGAUGACGACGAUCUGCUCGAUACCGACAAAUUCAGCAGCAGCAAUAACAAAAGGCAGAAGCUCGUCCAGGAUUUCCUGAGCUCCAUUGACCAGACAGGGGAGUUCUUGGCCCUGAUGGACGAGGAUGAUCUGGAUGACGUGAAGCAGGAACGGCUUGAGAGAAUUGAAAAGCAGACCAGGAUGAUGGACCCCGCUCAGUACGGCGAAUUCUGCGAAAGCCGGCAGCUCAGCUUCUCCAAAAAAGCUUCCAAAUUCCGCGAGUGGCUGGACUGCAGUACCAUGGAGGUGAAGCCCAACGUGGUUUCCAUGGAAAUCCUGUCAUAUUUGGCAUACGAGACUGUGGCUCAGUUAGUAGACCUGGCACUGCUGGUUAAACAAGACAUGACCCCUAAAACCGGAGACCCAUUCAGCCACGCCAUUUCGGCCACCUUCAUCCAGUACCACAAUCCCGCAUGCGAGGGACAGUCUGUCACUGUGAAGAGCAACCCAGAUUCCCCAGAAAAUACCCCCCCAUCCACCCCCAACGCGCCGCUCACUGGUGGUCACCAGGGAAAGCUCUACUCCAUGCCCCAAGGCAAUGGGGGACUGGUCCAAGAUGGGAGCAGCAAAGUCAAGCAAAGGAAGCGUAAAAAGAGCGCGGCAGCCUGCGGUAUGGAGGCUCAAAGUGGUGCCAUCCAGCCUGCCCACAUCAGAGAAGCUAUCCGGCGCUACAGCCAUAAGAUUGGCCCACUCUCCCCCUUCUCAAGCGUCUACCGUAGGAACGGAAUGACUUUCCUGGCCUGCUGACUGCAGUGGACAGGGUGGGGGGGGCGCCGGAGAGUGUACACAGAGGCUCUGCCCCAAGAAGGUUUAGUUUACUUCCCUGUCCCCUUUCAUCCCGCCAUCAGAGGACGGAUGCGUGGUUAACGUGGCCUGAAGCUUCCUUGUUUGUCCUUUCUUCUCUAUCUGCCUCUGCCUUGUUCUUCAGUAGGCCUGUUCUCGGGUUAAUUGAGGAAGGAAGUGUCGGAGCCCCGCGUGGGCUGGCAGGAAUGCGGCCCACGACAGCGUCCUUCGUUGGGUUCUGAAUUCCCGCAGUUGGCGGCCCUUCAGUGUUUCUGGCAGAUGAAGCCUUUUUCAGUUCGAGGGACCCUUUGGCAGUUUUAGUGCUUGUUGCAGAAAACCCAUUCAGCAGCCUGUUAAGGGCAACUGCAUAAUUAUUGACGUUCUACAAGAAGAAACUUUUUUUUUUUUUUCUUCAUGUGGCAGCAGUUGAAUUAAUGUGGAGUUAGUGUGUUAACUCUGUUCAGAAACCCAGAACCAAAAUGAUUAUUUUAUUGUUCUGAUUGAAUGAUGCGAAUUAGGAAACUUUAGUUUUGUUAUUUUUAAAUAUUCUUGCAGCUGUAUUAGUUAUGGAGUUCGAUAUGUAAUUUUUUUAUUGAACAUUGUCACAAGCACACAUAAAAAUGCACCCUUUUGGGUGCAUGUGGAUGAUUGCAUGCAGACAGGCAGCACCUGUCACCAACGUCUGCAGAAGUUCUGUGUGUAAUAGAAUAACGUUGCAUGUGACAUUGACCAAACCUCAUUAAUUAUUAUUUUUUGGAUGCCUAGCCUUGGGUUUCCUGUUUGACCGCUCUCUGAUACUUAUGUCCGGGCUUGUGAAUCGUGUCUUUGUGUAUUCCUACAUUUGUACAGUGUUGAAAAUGAUAAUAAAAUGACAGAGAUGAACAAUUCGCCACCCAUUCAAUAAAUUUCUAGUAAAAUAUGUAACUGCC